GAUGCGCGGUAGGUAGAGGCGGGGUAGAUAGAGGCGGGGUAGAUAGAGGCGAGGUAGAGAUUUCAGGGUGUCGACCCACCCGCUCUGUCCCAGACACCCUGCUGGCAGUGAGACGAGCACACCGCUCACACACCUGUGGACUUCCAAUGGCGACUGGCAGACUCCCUUUUGUCUUGGUCUUGCUGGGCUGCCUAUUACGAGUGACUCCGUCAGCAUCUGCCGCCUUCAGCUGUGGUACCCAGGAUCUGGGCUUCUACCCGCACCCGACUUCCUGCACCCAGUUCUUGGGUUGCGUCUAUGGGCAGCAGUACACCAUGCACUGCCCCUCGGGACUCAACUUUAACCCCACCCUUCACCUGUGUGACUGGCCGGACAACGCCGGGUGUGUGGUGCCACCCGCCCCACAAACCCAGAUCUCGCCGUGCACUGGAUGUGACCUUUCCAGUCUCUGCCCCUCUCACGUGACCUAUUACCAGUUUCCCGAUUGGACAGACUGCACCGCCUACUACAUAUGUACGAGGGGCGUGGUCUCGAGAGUGACGUGCCCGUCUGGUCUCUACUAUCACUUCCUUCAGUGGAGCUGCGCACAACAGGAAGACGCGCCAUGUUUCCAGGCCUGAUCACGUGAUUGACCCUCGGACAACAAAUACAAGACCAUGGAUGUGUAUAGGUGGAUGGCUACCGAGACCAACGCUUAGCCUCUUGCGAAGUUCUCCCCUGUUAGUCUCGGCGAGCCUAAACAAAGAAUGUGACUAAACCGGAAGCUUUGUAUACACCA